GCGGGUCGCGCGGACCUGUUGUUCUAAGGCUAUUGGAGUCAUUACAUGCUGGCCUUACAAAUAUGCCUCCCCGAUUCCCUACCCAGUCCUCUCUGAGGGCCUUUACUGGUUCCUCAUCCAUCCAAAGCCCCUUCGCUGCACUGUCAUUGAACCCGACGCAAACCUCCGUGAGAGCGGGCUCCUCCAGAUCACGGGAGAUCAGGAGACAUGACCCUUUCCUACUGGCGCAAUCCCGCCAGCGCAAGGCCGCCAAUAUCUCCCGCCAACAAGUCCUCACCAAAGAACGCGCAGAGUCUCUUGGCGACCCCGUCCAAAGUCGGCCGACACCUUUCAUUGAAGAGAUCAAGAAAACACAAUCGCUUCCGCAGGACCCAAAGCUCAACUAUUUUAUCACCCCGGAAGGUCUUAGGGCAGCUAUGGAAUACUCGAAGGACUUGACUACGCCCCUUCAGAAUGCAGAUCGAGACACCGCUGACCCCCAGCUCGAGAAGGAAGCGGCUGAGAGGCACAUCAAAGAACACGAGAAUGCCGAGGAGGCGAUCCGUCGAAUUGCUGGUAUUGGUAACGGAAACGCAAAGGACCACAUGCGGCUUCACACUCAGAGCUGCAUUGAGACAUUCGGCAGACACAAUACCGACCGUGUGCUGGGGCUGGCGAAGGAGGAUGUUAGCAACGAAUUGGGCGAAACGAGGGUUCACGCUGAACAGGUUGAACAGCAGAUCGCCCGUGCUGGUCCGGAUACUGGCUCUCCGGAAGUUCAGAUUGCUAUCCUUACGUUGAAGAUCCUCAGAUUGACUGAGCACCUUCUGACAGCCAGGCAAGAUAAACACAACAAGCGCAAUCUGCGCGUUCUUGUCCACCGGAGACAAAAGAUGCUUCGAUACCUUCGGAGGAAGGACAGGGGUGGCGAGAGGUGGAAGAACGUGAUGGAGAGUCUUGGCCUGUCGGAUGCUGCCUGGAAAGGUGAGAUCAGCUUCUAAAUGGGCUUAUUAGCGUUUGUAUUAUACUAUCCCUGUUUCUUCAUCUUGUUUAAGCUUAAUGAUUUUCAAUCCAUGUAACAAAGAGCCCGUGAACCGUUUUGUAUCCUUGAGCCUCGAUCCUUUGUAUUCUGGAAGUUCCACUGUGUACAAACUGGGUAGUAGCCGUGGUGAUUUCCACUAAGCUUUGAAAAUUGAAAGCGCCUACAAGGGACCAGAGAAUUUGUGCCAUGGAUCCAUACAAUAUACUCAGUACAU